CCAUUUCAACCAUUUGAACCGUUUAAAAGACAUUGAGAAUUGGAUGUCGUUUUUAUUCUUUUUCAUUCAAAUUUUUGAAUGUUAGAAGGUGAUAUCGUAGGAAAGGAGUAAUAAAUCAAGUAAUGCAACUUAAUGCUGAAUACGCUAGAGAACUAAGGGCAGUGUUCAAGAUUCUAGAGUUUUCAAUUGGUGUUAGUCUCAUAGUAUCAAUAAUUGUUGCUGAUCACUAUCGAAUUACUGUGACUGGUGGACUUUUAGCAUUCUUUGCACUAGUUGGGGCACUCAUAUCACUAUUUUUCUUCGUUAUUCAUCUAUGUGGCCUCAUUUACAAAAUUCGAGGGCCUGUUACACUGAUUGAAUUUAUUACGAUAAAAUUCUGUGCUAUUUUGGCCUUUAUCGCGAUGAUUAUAGCAGCCGCAGCUGGUGGAGGUUCUUCAGCUUCGAUAGCCUCAGCAAUUUUAUUUGCAGUCAGCUUCGUAUUUUACGGCAUUGAUACAUUUAUCUUAUUUUCAUAUUAUCGAUUGAACGGUGGUUACGUGAAUGACCCUAAAAUUAAACAACGUCCUAACAUACCGCCGAAAGUUAACCAGACGUCAGAAGCCAUAGCAGCGCCUGAAUACCCAAAUGAUGGUUUCGAAAAAGAAUGAAAAUGGUUUCCAAAGCCAUUAACAUUCCAAUCUUUACGUUUCUUUAACUAUUCCCUACAUACAUGUACAAAAGAACCCACUUGCAAACAGAGGAAUUUUCUGAGAAUCGAAAUAGCUGAAGUACAUUUCCCAAGUUGAUUUCAUAACAUUUAGCCAGUUCUCUGAGUCAAUGAAUGAUAUUAAACAAAAAGUUAGUUGAUGUUCAGAUCAUUUUAAUUUGGUCAGUUAGACUAACUUACCUAUGUGAGUAAUAUAAAAUCAUUUAAGUCAAACAAAUAGGUUGAGUUUCAAAUCUGUUCCAUUUCAGAAUAAUAAGUACAGACUAGAUACAGUAUUCGAAAAUGUAAGGACAUUGACUACCUUCAUAGAAGAACAAUACCAAUAAGCUAAAAACGGAUGUGUUUCUGGAGUUAAGUAAAACAAACUACAGUCCGAUAAAACUCGUUACUUUAACUGUUGUCAACUCAUCUAGACCAAAUCUAUAGGUAGGAUGUCAGUGUUCCUCGUGAAUUAUCAGGGGAAUAUGGUACAUGUAAGUCUCCUUAAGAAUUACUAAAUAAUGGAAAUAGACGUAGCUCAUGGUAAAAACACAACCCAGGAAGUGAUUUCAUUUCUACAAAAUAUCAUAGACUUAUUCGCAUCAACGAUCUAUGUAGAUUAACUUCACUUUUCAAUUAUACGAAUAUCCAAUUAUACGAACUACGCAAAAAAUAAUAAUCUAAAUUACUAAGGCCAACUUAAAACUCCGUUGCACAGGUUGAGUAAAAACGGAAUGAUAAUGAGAAGUACUAUUUUUAACAGUUCGAUACGGAAAGUCAACUUGGAGAGUCAUUCAGUCAUCCACAACGAACGACCAGGCACAUAUAUGCAUCGGUCCGAGUUGCCACACCUCAUUGUCGCAAUAAGAUUAUCACCAAAUUCAUAGAAGCAGUUACUUCAGUGGUAGUAAUAUAUAAAAGAAAGAUUGUAUAUAAGGAUAUGAUAAAGAGAGGAAGAAUUAGUUCGUAGAAAGAAAGGUAUGAGCAAUUCUAAUCUCACUGUUUAAUGGAAGACAAAGAGUGCAUACACCGACGCUUUUGUGAUCGAUUCUGAGCCGUCACCCAGGGUCUCCAACCACCAGUUACGCGAUAGUCGCGUGGACCCCAACAAAGUAGUCUGCAUCUACCAAUGACUCAGGCCAGAAUUUAGUGACUUUACGAACUGAUGCCAAGUUUUGGUUUGGCCCCCCUUAACUUUCUUCCAUUAGUCUCCAAUACAAAUCAGCAUUGUGUGCCGUGGUAAUUAGUGGUUGGACAUACUUACUCAGUAAUCUGAGCAGAUGUGAGCAAUAUUUCUAAAACGUGUGUGAUCAAGUACUAGCAACUUACAGAUAUCCUCUACUUUUAAUGACCACGUUUCGCAGCCGUAACAGAACGAGCUGCUGCGCAGUAUAUGCGUCCUAUAAUCGAUAGACGGACAUCUUGCCUCCGCCAUAGGUGAUGCAAGUUGGAAAAAGUCAAACGAGCCUUUUAAAUCCGUGCAGAGAUUUCAUCAAACACCAACCCAUUAGGGCUAAUCAUACUUCCAAGAUAAGUGAAGUUGUCAAAGCGUUCGACUAAUUCACUCCCUAUCCUUAGUUCGGCUGUUGACGCAGGCCAGUCCUCAAGCAACAAUUCGCAUUUAGAGAGGAAGAAACGCAUUCCAAAUAUUAUGGCAUUGUUGAUCAUUGCUGCCAAAAGACUGCAUUUUAUCAGUGUCUUCACCAAAUAGGACUAUGCCAUCUACGUAUUGUAAGUCAUUAAGUGGGUCUUCCGGGAUGUGAUCAAUUCCCGAAAAUCCAGACGACGAGAAUGUUAUUACCAGCAGGGCGGGUGAAAAUUUGCAACAAAAUUGUGGAACUCAGUAGGUUUGUAUGUUAAAAUGACCCCAGAAAAUAAUUAAAACUAACUGUCCGAGAAUAGUAGGGCAUCAUGUCCUAUUAAAAAUAAAUGAUUGUAGUGGGUUUAGAAAACGUGAAACCCCAUUUAUAACUUUGAUUUCUUAACUACUGAGUUGGAUUUCUACACAUUUUUGUGUAAACAAGUCAAGACAUGGAAUCAGUGACCAAUCAUACUCAUGUGAGUGGGUAGUUACCGAGUUGUCAGGUUAGGUACACCUUUCCCUGAUGAGAAAUGUUUUUUUCUUUUCAGAGAUAUCGACUCGGGACUCUAUCGCCUACAGAUUAAAUGUACAUGACAGUAGACAAUAUCCAGAAAUCCAUUUUAUCUGAAACAAAUAUUUUUCUUUUCUAUUCAAAAUACAUUAGGAUGACAUAUUUUCUUACAAACAUCGUGAUCUUUUCUUUUCUAUAAUGAUCUGAAGUGAGGAUUUUUCUUUUUCAUAGUCUACAUUAAGCAAUUGUUGUCGUUUUUUGUCUACAACUUAUGUUGUGUACUUUGAUAUAUGCAUUUUGUGUUCAUUUUCUCAUAAUCAGGUCAGUCAUAUUUACAUCUUAUUUAGUUAUAUCACUUACCACGUUUGGAACUUGUUUUCUGAAUAAAAACGUAACUUUGUAUCUCAUGUGAUUCAGAUUAACUAUAAUCAACUAUGAAACUAAUAACUCG